AUACGUUCGCGGUCGCGGGAGAAUAAUUAAAAAAAAAAAAAAAAAAAAAAAAAUGACUGGUUGUCCGGUGGAUGGACAAGUUUUUCUGCCUCUCCUUGUUUGUGGAGAGGAGAGAUCGCUUGUCGUUUCUCCCUUGUUUCUCUCUCUCUCUCUCUAGCUUUGAUCUACGCCGACACUUGGACUUAGAACAGAAGAAGGGAAUUCCAAGCGGGAGUUCCUGUUGUGGUUUGGUGAUGGUGGUUGUCCGAUGGCUUACGAUGCCGGAAUUCAAAUAUCAAGAGCCGCUGAUACGGAGGAAUCCACGCUUUCGCCGUCGUUAGAUGAAGAUGAAAUGUGGCAAAUGAAUCUGAGAGCAAGUGAAUCUAUGGAAUCUGGUCCAUUUCCUGAGCGUCCAGGGGAGCCAGACUGUGCUUAUUACCUCAGGACUGGUCUGUGUAGAUUUGGAAUGACGUGUCGAUUUAAUCAUCCUCCUAACAGGAAGCUGGCUGUUGCAGCUGCAAGGAUUAGAGGAGUUUACCCUGAAAGAAUAGGGCAACCUGAAUGUCAGUAUUAUUUGAAGACGGGAAUGUGCAAAUUUGGAGCCACAUGCAAGUUUCAUCAUCCUACAGACAAGGCUGGAAUCGCUGGAAGAGUUCCAUUAAAUAUCUUGGGUUAUCCACUCCGCCCGAAUGAGAAGGAGUGUGCUUAUUAUUUAAGAACUGGACAAUGUAAGUUUGGGAGCACUUGUAAAUUCCACCAUCCUCAACCAUCUAGCACAAUGGUUUCAUUGCGAGGUUCUCCUGUUUAUCCUCCUGUACAUUCCCCUACAACUCCUGGUCAGCAAUCUUAUCCUGGUGGAAUGACAAAUUGGCCCCCAUCCAGGGCCUCUUUUAUUCCUUCCCCCCGGUGGCAAGGUCCUUCAAGUUACGCUCAAUUGAUUCUACCUCAGGGUGUUGUACCAGUUCCAAGCUGGAAUGCUUAUGCUGGUCAGCUUGGUUCAGUUUCAUCCUCAGAGAGCCUGCUGCAAACAGUGGGAAACAGUCAGUUCUAUGGGAGUUCUCGACAAAAUGAUGCAAGUGCAGGAGCACAAGGGACAUUGCCUUCCUACCGUUCCGGCUCUGUCCCUGUGGGGCUUUAUGCUUUACAGAGGGAGAAUGUAUUUCCUGAGAGACCAGACCAACCUGAAUGUCAGUUCUACAUGAAGACUGGGGAUUGUAAGUUUGGUUCAGUCUGCAGGUUUCAUCAUCCCAGAGAGAGACUGAUUCCAGUUCCGGACUGUAUGUUGAGUCCUUUGGGCCUUCCAUUACGACCGGGAGAACCCUUGUGCAUCUUUUAUUCGCGCUAUGGUAUCUGCAAAUUUGGUCCAAAUUGCAAGUUUGACCAUCCUAUGGGAUUCACACCAUACAAUAUUUCUACAUCGUCUUCAGCUGAUGUACCAGUUCGCCGCUUGUUAGGAUCGUCUUCAGGAACUACUGCAAUACCUUUGUCAUCUCAACGGAAAAUGCCUUCUGGUGACGAAAACAUUGAUGCAGAAGGAUCACAUGCCACCUCAAGCAUUGGACCGGUUGCCUCCUUUUCUUAAUACUUGGAGGAUAGAGUCAUCUGUAAAUUGAAUACUCAUUGCUGGAGAUGUACAGAAUUCAUGUUGGGUCGAAUCUUUGCAUCUGGAUAUGCAUUUUUACUUGACAGAAAAAUUUGAGAAUCACAUUGCCCAUCAUGUAAAUGUGCACAUAAUGCUACGUCUGGAAAAACUAAAAUGAGAAAUGAUAGGAAUUCUUACCAUUUCAUCAUCA